CCAGUGGGUAAGUCCGUACAAGUCUCUUGAUUAGGCUCACGAUCUUACACAUUCGACUAGUUACUAGCUCUAUAUUUCAGUCGCACCUACGAUGUUGAGACGUCUCAUCCUCGCUGGCCAAUAAAUAGAGACGCUCGAGGCUCUGGAACCAGGCUGCGAUGACGAGCAUGUCUCGAAUGAGCUACCUACACAAGCCCCACACCUCCCCUAUGAGUCACCGAUUGCUCUUCGAGCAUCUGGACGAACAAGCCUCAAUGUACCCUGACAAGGAAGCCCUAGUCUACCGCGACGAGCACUUCCGCCGGAAGACCAUCACGUUCAAGCAAUACCAGCAACGAUCCCACGCCCUAGCGGCUAGGCUUCUAGAGCUGGGGCUGAGGCGAGGCGAUGCCGCCAUUUCUAUGCUCCCGGGAGACAUAGAAUACAUGGUUGUGAACAUGGCGCUGAAUCGUAUUGGCGUGAAUGCGGUAAUAAUAGAGCCCAAUGCUGACGGCACAUUACCCUUCUUAGAGAAUAUCAAGAAUAUCAAAGCUGUCAUCUGUUGUGAUCAGUUCCCGGGCGUGAUUUCUGCCGUGCAAGGUUUUAUCCAUAGAAAGAGUAUAAAAGUGGCAAUUGUGGUGGGUAUUGCGCCUGAAGGUGAUCAGCGGUUGUACAGUUAUGAGGAUCUUGUGCAGCAGGGCGAUGAUACGUCAUCCGCACUAAAGCAAGCCCAAGCGGAAGUCCAGAUGGACGAUCACGCCCUUGUGAUUUUUACUUCCGGUAGCACAGGAAUCCCAAAGCCAAUACAAUUUACCAACCAUGGUUUUGUAAAUUCGAGUAUAUUCUCUGCUCCUAAGUUAAAGGCGAGCUCUGAAAGCAUCUUUUUCUGUGAUGCGCCGUUUGAUUGGAUAACAGGGCUUUCCGUGUCAACUUUAGUGGCCAUUGUCGGCUGUACAGUGGUUUCCUUUCCGCCCAAAGUGGCGUUCAAAAGUGAAAUGACGGGCACAUUGCUACGAUGCGUAGCUGAAGAAAGAGCCACUCACGCUGUCUUCAUUUCCUAUUUCAUGAUGAGCAUUCUUGAAUACGAUGGGUUGGACACUGCAAGUCUAAGCGCCCUACAGUACAUAUCCACAGGGGGACAACCGAUCGACCCCACCCUUCUAAAGAGGGUCUUCCAGGCGUUACCAGCCCUAUGCGAGAUACAAAUCGUGUAUGCUGCCACGGAAUUCAAUGUUUUAGCAACUUGUGACGUCACCCGGGAGAAUAUCGAUUCUGAUGAAUACGGGUAUUUAGAUUGUCAUGAAGGGACGGAGCUCAAAGUCGUGGACUCGGAGGGACAUCUCGUACCCGUGGGUACCCCUGGUGAAUUGUACAUUCGCACGGCCGCCAUGCUCCACGAUGUGGACACGUUAGGACUCGAAGGCUACCAACGCUCUACCACCCCCACGGGAUGGCAGCGUACCAAAGACCAUGCCUUCCUUACAGCCAAUAGGAAGUUCAAGCUCCUUGGGAGAAUUGACAACUUGAUCAAAUGCGCCAGUGAAUCUAUCCAGCCAACAGAAGUCGAAAGUGUCCUAACAAAACACCCAAAUGUCGUCAGCGUCGUGGCUGUUGGUGUGCCUGACCAGCGGUUAUACGAGGUGGUAUGCGCAUGCGUAAUUCUGAAGAAUCUCCCGGGUGACGACGUCAAGGUGACUACAGCUGAGAUUGAUGACUGGUGCAAGGGAAAGUUUUUGGUCGAUUCUGUCGGGAUUUCUGCGCACCCAACGUACUAUGUAGUGUUUGAGAAAUUUCCAACGACCGGAAGAGGAAAAACAGAUAGAAAAACUUUAAAGAAAUUAGCCGCCGAAAAGUUAGGCUUAUAGGAUCUAGAAACAUGCAAUAAUCAGGGUAUGGGUUUUGAGCUUUAAUUUAUGGGUGACGUGUUAUUACAUUUAUGGGUGUUAUUACAUUUGUGGUUGUUAU